AUGAUAUAUCACUCAACCCAGUCCGAUGUUGAGGCGCUGUUGUUCACGUGGGAGCACCUGCAGCUGACCAAUGACUCAUUCGCCCUGGGGGUGAGCGACUUCGUGCACCACAGCGGGGGCAGCAAUGAGAAGCCGAUUGCAGACGAGUUCCUCUCGACAGUGUCUCACAGAGUGUCCAUACAGUCUCAACCAGCUUCGUUCUCGCUUCUCUUCACCAAUCACAAAGUGGCUAAUGUCUUCAAAAGGAACUGCACAGCUAUCAACUCCGAACUGGACAGUUCGGUUCUGCGUCUGCUCGAAGUAAUGAUACACAUGCUCUAUCCAACUGCAGAGAUGAUGGAGAAGUUGAAAAGGGGGAAGAAGUGUGAAGGGAAUGGGGGUAGUAGGGCAAGUGAGUGGGAGAAGUUUAGUGAGAAGGAGGGGGGCAUUGAGCACGAGGAUGAGUCUUCGCUGGGUGGGACUAGUGGAAGUGUGAACACGUGCAAUCUACCGGAGCACAGUGCUCGUUCUACCUCGGAAAGCGACAGCAAACGACCGGCAGUUUCGCCAAACGCACUAAAUCCAGGUCCGAGUUCUAGUUUUACUUUCCCCGAAACAACUCUCAAUCCCCGCAGCGGACACAUCUCGUCUAGCAACAGAAGCGACUACUCACUGAAUAGUAACUCAGUGGUGAAUUUCAACUGUUCGGUUGAGACGUCGUCUUUGAGUGGGAGUGCUUUCGAGAUGUCAGAUAGCACCUCCUCAGUCGGAAACGGGGCACGAGAUAGCACCUUUUGUCAGUCAAGAGUGAUGGCCAAGGAGAAUAGAAGGGACAUCUUCAAAGUGUUCCAAGACUUGGUAGAAUCGCAAAAUCACAUGUUCCGGCUUUGUCUUCCAGUCUCCCUCCCUUCAAACCUCUUCACCAACCCCUCCUCCACAUCUUCUUCCGUAUCCUUCCAACUAGCCGACAACAAAGUCCCCUCCUCCAGCCUAGUGCACUGUCACGUGGUAUUCCUCAAACCCUUCCCAGACGAUGACGUGGUGAUGGUGUUCGGAUGUCCUGCUCACGAGAACUUCAUGCGGGACAUCUCAUUCGGAGUUGAGAGGGCCAUUCGCUUAUUGCAGAUGUACACCUCACAUCUGAAGAAAUUAUCAUCAGCUGCUGGAGCUGACCUUGAAAAAAAGGAGAAAAUCGAGUUUUUCGCCAAAGAAAUAGGCGUAUCAUUCCAGUUUGUUUUGGAUGAGCUCGAGAAGACUUCUGACUCUCGCAAUUUUGUCACUCUGGCAAAUGAAAGCUUCCAGAAAAUAGCUCUCAACUCAAGCUACUCUUCAGACAUCAAACACACCAAAAGUCUGGAUGUUCUGAAUGCAAUGAAAUACUUCUAUGAGAAGUUGUUUUGUGGUCCCUUCUUCGGAAGAAGUUCAAUGAAGAUGCACACCUUCAAACAGCACUUUAAUUCUCUUUCCAAGUACAUCAUCAAACUAAGAAAGGAGUUUACGGGAGUCUUUGCUCUGUGCCCUGAAUUGGUUUACAAAAGAACAGAAAUCCAAACCAAGAAAUGGCUGUCACGUCAGCUACGAUACUACCCCUCACUCGUAUAUUUCAUACACAUCAACAAGAGAUCAGAACUGGUUCUAAAACCUUCUUUAAAAGGAAACCGACGUCAAAAAACGUUCUUCAUAGAACACUUGAAAAUAGCUUUGAACACUGGUAGAUACCUACUUGAGCAAACCAGCGCAACUGAAGAUGUUAUAUGGCGAGAUGCUAACUUCGUUUUUACCUAUCAGUUUCUAUUGGGUUCGGGAAAAACCCGAGUGCCCGAUGAGAGUCUUCAACUACGAAGACGAAAAAUGACCGGUACUCGGCAACUCAGCUUCGACACAGAUGAUCGAAGUGUUCGAGAGACGCAGGCGUUUUCAAGUGCAAAAAAACGAUCGCCAUUGAGUGUUGACAGUUUGGACGAGCUGUUUCUAUACGAGAUAUUUUGCGUGUUUUUGCCGGUUUGCAGACCGGGUCUGGCUAUCAACUGGUCUCUUAUGCUCCAUCAGAAAAUCUGGGAAUGCUUCUACAAAAACAGAGGAAACGAUGUGUAAAUUAGGGAUGAAGAAAAAGACUUGUGCCAAUUGCGCAAUCGAACUUUUAACGGAGC